AUGGCUAACAACACUCCACCCAACGCUCUGACUGGCGGAGAAGGAGACAACUACAACAACUCGGAUUCCCAAAAAGAAACUCUAACCAAACCCAAAACCGGCACGGGAAAUCCGAACAACUUUUGCCAGCCAGACCAUACCGAGAACGACGCACUUAAUAGUCAAAAUCAAAAUGACCAAGAAGAAAAGAACCCCAGCAACUCAUUCCUCACUUACAAUAAUGCACCCACAAUUGAACCCAACGAAGAAGAAACACCAAAAUUCAACUCCAACCCCAACCGUGCAGAUCCUCCUCCUCAGGUCACAAGUGGCAGCGGACCUCCACUUGCUGCGUUGAGCUUUGGGCUAACACAAAAUCUUCAUGAGGUAUUGACGACGCAGUUGCCGGGAAUUCCUCCACCCGAUAUGGCUUCUGCGGUUGGAUCGAAUACUUUGGAAGGAGUUGGGGCACAUUUUGAGCAAGGGGAUGAGAGACCAGAGAAUCUUGAGAGUGGACUGUAUGAAGAGGGAGUAGCGGACGACACACAAGAGUCUCGACAGAAUAGCGGCAGUGGAGAGGAUGGAGCGGGUGAACUGGACGACACACCGGAUGUUCGAGGUAGCAGAGGACAUCGAAAUCACAGGCUUGAAGGGGAGGCUGCACUCCUCAGCACUGACCGUGUACUAAUGGAACCACUUGCACUUAUUCUCCUUAAUCGCCAUUUCCGCGAAGAAGAUGAACGGCAAGCGGAAAUAGCUUCUGCUGUAGAUCGAAACAAUGGAGAGUCGGCUGCCAACAGGUCUUCGAGUGGAGAAAGUGAAGAGGGAAACCAGGAUGGACACGGUGAGGGAGAUGGGGAUGAAGAUGAAGAUGGAGACUAUCAAGAAGACACAGGGCACACAAAGUCAGACGACACCAAAGAAGCAGAGAAUACUGGGGAUGGCGAUGAUAGUGGGGAUGAAGAUGAUAAUGGAGAUGAUGACGGUGUAGGGAAUGGUGAUGAUGCUGGGGGUGAAGAUGACACAAUCGACAACACCAACGUCAACUCCGGCGACUCAUCUGGCACCCAACCUCCUCCGGAAGACUAUCUGUUACCAGAGCUUGAGUCAGCUGCCCUAGCUUCACAAAACAUAAUUGCGUCCAUUUCUGACUCGAGUCCAAGCCACUUGCCAGCUUCUACGUCCCCAGAAGAUGCCGUACCUCCUUCUGCAGAAAACGCCUCGGCAGAUCACCCAGCAAGCAGUUCAACAGAUGAUAGAUCUUCAUUUACUCCGCCAUCCGGCUUUGCAGGUGCUCAUAACCCUUCUCAGUCAUCAGCAAAUGCGCCCGGCCCGCCGUCUUCAGGAAACACCUCAGCCGGUCCAUCAGGAAGUAGUUCAACAAUGUCUGAAUCGCAACCUGCUCAAUACCAACCUACUUCUCCUUUCGCCCCUUGUCUAGCAACACCAACCGAAGACCCACUCUGGGUUCCAAACCCUAACGACUUCGGCAUCAACAGACGGCGCUGUCCGAUGUGUGUAUGCAGGGCGAGGAGUUAUAUUGGUGCUUGUGCCGGCGGACCACCUUGUGAUGCAUGUGCGAGAAUAGGAUAUACUGCUGAGCAGUGUCAGAGUGGAGAGGAUGGGGAAUAUGGAGGUGGUAGACAUGAGCGGCCUGGUAGGAAGGGACGGAAGUAG